AUGUAUAUUCUAUUCAUAAGGAAUAGAUACGGACUGGAUAUUACUUUUGGUGAUGAGGAGCUUAACUAUGACUAUGCUGAUGGUGAAGAGACAAUUUGGAAAUUACGAAACACACAGUUUGAUUUUAUUAUAGUUGGAGGCGGUACAGCAGGUUCAAUUAUUGUUCGAAAAUUAUGGGAUGGAUUUCAAAAAAUGCAAUGUAAAUCUUUAGAGCAAGCCAAAUCAUGCUCAUCAGCAGGAGUGACUAAGAAUCAUAAAUUAUACAGUAUUAGUGAUGAUGUGAAUAUAUGUAAAAUUACUUGCUCCAAUUAUCUACCAAAAAUUUUGUUACUCGAAUCUGGAUCCGAAAUCAGUUGGUUAACGAAGAAGAUUAGUGAUAUACCCCUUCUUGCUCCAUUAUUGUAUGGACGAGGAAUUGAUGUUAUUGAACAAACUACUCCCCAAAUAUCAUCAGCCUUAAAGUUAAAAGAAAAAGUGAUUCUUUUACCUCGUGGACAUGUUUUGGGUGGUAGUGCACUACUUAAUGCGAUGAUAUUCUCUUAUGGUCAUCCAGAUGAUGAAUUAUUGAAAGAAUUUCUACAUAGCAAUGAAGAAUUCCUCUCUGAAUUAUUUGAUAAAAUGGAAGGAUGUAAUCUAAAACCCGAAGCGAUACGUCAUUUACAGCAUAACCAAUUAAUUCAUGCAUAUUUUGCAAAAGCCUUUGAGAUGCAAGGAUUAAAAGUUAAUUCCAGUCCUCCUGGGUGGUCUUUUGAAGGUUUGACUAUUCCAAUGGUUUUUGUUCGUAAUGCUCAACGUAUUAGUUCAUAUAGUGAAUGCCUUUUACCGUUGACUAAACAAAAGUUCACCGAUUUGACAAUUCUCACUGAAACACAAGUUGAAAAGAUACUCUUCAAGACAGGCUUUCAAGAAGAUUUAUCUGCUUAUGGAGUUCUAGUUAACUAUAAAAAUCGUUCUUUCACAAUAAAACUGAAAACUAAUUCAGGUAUAGACCAAAAAAUAUGGCCAAAGCCUGAAAUCUUGCUUAGCGCUGGUACAGUAAAAACCCCAGAGAUUUUAUUACGCUCCGGUUUGGGGCCCAGUCGUGAUCAUCCUGUUUUUAAUCAAGAGCAUAAACAUGUCACGCUGCCAGUAGGUGAAAAUCUUCACGAUCAUCCAAUGAUUGGUUUAAUAUGCUCAGUUCUAAAUGGAACAACAGUGACUACAAAAAGUUUAACUUUAUUAGAAAUAUUCAAAUAUUAUUGGCAAGGCAAAGGUUUACUUUCACAAGCAUCAGCAUUAACUUCAAUUGGUUAUUAUCGAACAAGUUACCAAAAAUUAGAGGGUGAUUCUAGACCAGAUAUACAAUAUACGGUUAUUUCAGCUUCACCAUUUGAAAAGGAUACUUUUGAAAAUUUAGGUAACUUCAAUCCAUCAACUUGGUAUCAAUACAUGAAGGAUGAAAAUUCUAAAGAUUUUGAAAAUCCCAUAGUUCUACUGAUUAGUUUACUUAAUCCGCGUUCCAGAGGAACAAUCACUAUGGAAUACGAUGACAGCGGUCAACCAACUGGAAAUGUGAAAAUUAAUCCAUCAUACUUUCGUGAAUUAAGUGAUGUUAAUCGAUUAGUUGAAGGUAUUAUUUGGAUUUACAAAACUUUGUACUACAUCAAUGAGAAGAUAGAUAAACUCAAUCUAAAAGAAUUAAAUAAAGAACGGCAAAUUGUCAUAAAACUUCAUUUUCCUCAUUUUUCUGGAUGUCCCGAAGUUCCUAAAGCUGAAUAUUUACACUAUUUUGAACAGGCUGAAUUUAUUGAGAAAUUGAAAAUAGCCAUUGAAUGUUUGAUCAAGUCAAUAACUCUGUCUAACUACCAUCUAGUUGGAACAUGUUCAAUGCAAUUACCAAUUAAUCAGCGGAGUAGCUUUCGUGGUCUGAAUAAUUUAUUUAGUGUGGUAUCAAUCUACACAGAGAAUUUGGAAUUCUCUGAAGUGAAGAACUUUUGGCAUGGACGUAAUCGAAUAAUCGGUGUGAGCAAUGUUCGUGUUGGAGAUGCAUCGGUUAUUUCAAAAAUUCCAACUGGUAAUCCAGCUUCACUUAUAAUGGCUAUUGGAAAUCAGUUAGCCAAAUAUAUAAUUCAUGAAAAUUGGCAACAGUUAUCUUUGAUGAUGGGCUGA